AUGUCAACCAGCAAUCUGAUGAGUGGAGUGCACCUGGCGGGACUGUCGAACCAGGGCGCCACGUGUUACCUCAAUGCCCUCCUCCAAAUCCUGUACCAUACCCCACCGCUGCGGAAUGGGGUGCUCAGCCUCUCGCUCGAAGACAUGGGUCACACCUCGAGUGAGUACCUGGAAUGGCUACUCUCGAACGAUGCAGAGGUGUGGCAGGCAAAGUAUGGAUCGCUGACGGAGGAAGAGGUCAAGGCUGAGAAGAAUGGUGUCGGCGGCAAGGAGAUCAAGUCUGGCGAGGACGCUCUUGAUCUGGCCGCCGCUAUCGCCGACUCUGAGCCUGUCAUGGCAGAGGUGCUGGCCAUGGGCCUCGGGCUAGAUCCCGAGCUGGUGGUGUACUGUGUGGCAAAGCAUGUACAGAAUGCUGCCAUUGCUUCGGCUUGCGAAGAGUCGUACGACUUGUUUGCCCUCGGCGGCGCGGAUGACUCGAGCGAUGACGGCUCCGACGGGCUCGAUGCUGCCGAGCUGACUGCACAGUCGCUGCUGGACAUGUGUCUGGAUACCGAGUACGCCGAAGAGUACGCCGAGGAUGUGGCGGAUGGGCGCUGGGUCGAUCCGCGGACGGUGGCGCCGGUGUUUGUGGCCGGAAGUGGGAGCGCCGAGCCCGAGAAAGCCAAGUUCGUGCCGCCACCUCCGGCACCAGACCGUAUCCGGACCAUCCCGUUUGCGCUCCAGCGGCUCUUUGCCGCGCUCUCGCUCCACACCGCAGUGUCGGGCGGGCAUGGCGCAGUGACGACCCACUUUCUCACCGCGGCCUUUGGCUUCUCAGGGCGCGAUGCCGGGGUCCAGCACGACAUUGCCGAGCUGACGCGGCUGCUACUGGAUGUACUCCAGCGGCAGCUGGUAGGCAGCGCCAUCGAGGGCCUUGUGCCUGGGCUCUAUCGCGGCGUGGCAAGUCGGCGCAUCUCAUGCCUGACCUGCGGCGGAUCGCGGUCGACGGAGCAGCCGUUCCUCGACCUCUCGCUUCCGACCGCGGGGGCAGCAUCGCUCGACGCCGCCCUGCUUCAGUGGGGCAUGCCCGAGCUGAUGGACGGGGCCAAUGCUGUGAGCUGCGAGGCGUGCGACUCGCGCCAGCCGUCGACCAUCCGCAACGUCCUCACUCUGCUUCCGCCCGUCCUCACCAUCACCCUCAACCGCUACGCCUGGACCGAGUCUGGCCGCGUCAAGCUCAACGAUCCGUUUGCCUUUCCGCUCACGCUUGAUAUGGCGGCUCUGCUGGACGGCGAGAGCCUUGCGCCCGACGACUCGCUGCGAGCUGCAGCCGCCGAGCUUGCGGCGACUGGGAGCAGGUCAGAGACGAGCAGCACUCGAGCAAGCGCCGGCGCGGGCGGUGAUGACGGCGAUGACUUUGCCUUUUCGUCGUUUGGCCUCUUCUCCGACCCGGCGCCUGUGGCGAGCCCUGAGCCUGACACUGCCGGCGAGCUCUUUGUCUCGCGGCUUGGCGACGCUGCUCGUGGCGGCUCGCCUGCCGAGUACGAGCUGUUUGGCGUGGUCCUCCACGCCGGCGGCGCCCACGGCGGCCACUACCACGCGCUCAUCCGUGACGCCGAGUCUGGACAGUGGUUUGACUUUAACGACGCGUCGGUCAAGCCCAUGCCGCUGGGACAGCUGGUGCGGUCGUACGGGGUCUCGGGCUCGUCGCGCGAGUCGGCGUACAUGCUGUUCUACGCCGCGAGGCUUCCGGACGGGAGCCUAGCGAUUGACGUACCGAUCAUCGACCCGGCGCCUGCACCUACCGCCAUUGAGGCACAUCUCUCGUUCUGGCGGAAGCACCUACGAGCUGCGGCAAGCGCGGCUGCGGCGCGCGAGGCCGCGGAGCGUGCGGCUCGUGGCGAGCGUGCGGCUGCCGCCGUAGCCGCCCGAAGCUCGCGCGAGGCCACUGCAGCGGCACUGCCGAUGCGGCCGGCGAUGCGUGUCGUUGAGCGGACGCCACAUACGCUCUGCUUUCUGGUCUACGACGCCGAGUCGGGCGCCAUGCUGCCCCCUGUUGUCGCUGACGCGCACAGCCUCGUCGGCUCGCUGGUACAGGACGGCGGCUGGGCGUUUGUGGGCGCGCUUGUACCGUCGCUGGCCGGCGGCAUUGUUGCAGCUGCCACUGAUGCAGUCAUCGACACGACUUUGUGCGUGGGCGAGUGGCGGCUGGCUGCGCUCGCCGAGUUUGGUCUGCACGCAAGCAUCGGGUGCGCGCUGGCGCAUGUGGGUGCGCUUGUUGUGGCUCCAACCGUCACCGACGGCACACCGUGCUUUGCCGCUGUACCGCAGCUGGCAGCGCGGCGGACGGAGGUGACUGUCUUUGCGGCCGGCAACGGGUUCCGGCUGGCGAUGCCGUGCAUGCUCUCGAUGCACACGCUCAAGUCGCUGAUUGUGGGCUGGCUCAACGACGAGCUCGAGCUCGGACUCUCGCCGCAUGCGGUCGGCAUUUACGCUUGCAGCACAACUGCAGCACCAGGCUACUCGGUGGCAUGGGCGCUAGAGAGCGGGUCGGAUCCGCUGGGCGUGGCGCCAGCGCUCGAGGCUCGCGGCGGCGCAGUUGAGCUCGUCCUGCCGCUGCUGGCUGACGGCGUGUUUGUGGCCGAGCUCGAUGACGUCGACGAGCCGCUGGAGAUCCGGGUGGUGGCGCGAAGCGCGGCAAGCCGUGCCAGCGUGUCGCGCACCGAGCUGGAGGGGGCGAUGACGCUGACGCUCUCGUCGAUGACGCCGCUGCAGGAGGCGAUGUCAAGAGUGGCGGGCGCAGGCGCAACAGACCUGCCCUCGUUUGUGCUCCGACCGACCGACGCGGGCCUGGUUCCGAGGCCAGACCGCGAAGUGUUCGUGUCGCGAACGCGGGCACUCUCGAUGUACCACAUCCGGCCUCACACUGUGCUUGUGGCGGAGCCAGGUCGUAUUGUGGCGCUCGGCCAGAUCACGGUCAAUGUGGUGCAGUACGCGGGCUAUCCCAGCAGCGAGGGCGGGAUUCUCGCGUUUUUCUCACCGGCAUACUACACCGAGAGCAUGGACGCGCGCGCCAAGGACCUGUUCUCGCCGGCUGCCUCGGUCUCGAUCGGAGCCACGGCGACGGUUGACGCGCUUUAUGAUGCUGUGGCGAGCGCACUCUCGGUCGGACCCAACGAGAUCCGGCUGUGGGCAACCGGGGCGCGGCUCAAGGGCGGCUCGACCGGAAACCUCAAGACGGUCGGCAUCCGCGACGGCAGCGUUGUGGUGGCACAGGUCGGCGUCGCGCAGACGGCUGGGUCCGACGUCAUCCUCCCUCUCUACGAGCGGAGCGGAACCGACACGGUGCACUUUACCUUUGCCCGUGAGCUUGUUGUUGCCCGUGACGCGGCCAGCGGCGCCAUACUCGCAUCCGUCGUCGAGAGCGUCAUCGACAGUGCUGCAUCUGGCUGCCGCCUCGCCAAGUACGACCAGUAUGCCAACACAUGGGCUACGAUCCGCAAAGCCGACGUGUCCGAGUGCGAGCCUGUCUUUGCUAACGACGGCGAUGUUGUCGUCUACGACGGGCCGAGCCUCGGCGCCGGCAUCGGGGACGACGCAGAGCCAACGGUCCCGCUCCCGCAGCGGGUCCUCCGCUCGAAGAGCGGCUACGUGUUCCACGACAUGCUCGCGCUGCCGACCUAUCGUGAAGAAGCCGUCUUGCGCAUUGAUGCUGGCGGCUGGUGA